AUGAACGAAGAUGUUAAAACUAUAUAUGCCACGGACAAUAUUUUAACAAAUUAUUCAAUCCUAUGGACAGCUUUGUCAGUGGCGCUGGGUUACGAGCUUCAGGGCCAAAUAAUCAGAGGUGUGCCAUGUGUGAAAAGAAAUUUCCAACUUUACUGUCCAACUGCUGGCAACACAUAUCCCUUAGAUAAAAUUGAAACAUUCAUAGACGAGAAUAAAGCUCUUAUAAAACGUAUGUACGGGUCGUUCGCAAUGCCCAGCGGUGCCCGGGUUAGAAGAGCACCGGGUGUUCCGGAUAUGCACGCAGGGAUACCGGACACACACUCGGGUGACUCGUAUUUCAGACGACACGUUCGACAGGCAAAGCCGAAACUACCGGAUGCCCAGGCUGUUAAUAGCACUGGCAGAGUAGACGCGUGCGAAAGCAAAACUGAAAUCAUGACUCCAUACUGGGCGCUCAAUUCGGCCCGGAAAUUGCGAGCUAUUGUAAACACCAUGCAUUUUGAACAAGCGAUACACCAGGAAGUGUGCAGCAAACAAUCUACGUCAAGAUGUUCAGGCGAUUGUGGAUGCGAGCAGAAAUACAAAUGGCACAGACUGCUCGCGUACGACCCAAGCGAUGAUUGUGCUGGAAUAUUCAUGGACUGGUUUCUAUUUCCCUCUUGUUGUGUAUGUCGAUGUAAACCAUAA